CGAUGCAUUGGCGAACACGGCGCGCGACGGGACAAAGGACGCUUUCGUACGCAAGCGGAGGGACGCCGCCAUGUUCAUUUGUCAACGGACGUCGAGGUGUUUCCGUGUGGAGCGCGGAAGGAGCAGCAGCCGCUUGCCGCCUACCGCCGGAUAGAAGCCAGGAGGGCAGGGAUCGAGGCCGGUUCGAGAGGGUUCCUCGUUGAUCUCGCAUCAUCUCGUCCUGUUUCAUCUCACCUCACUUUGUCUCUCGUCAUGGAGCACGACGCCGCUUCCGAGUUGCGGAAGCGUAAACGCGAGGAAUACGAGAUGCAGCUGUUCGGCUUCCAUUCCCGAGCCGUAUACGCGUCUUUUAAGAAUAUUGUAAUGGAAAGGAUACAGUCUAGGAGCAGAAAAUUAUGUGAAACAUUGGAAAAGAUACACAAGUCAGACCCAGAUAACUUGGCGACGAUAAAAGCAAAUGAGGAGAAACUUGUAAAAGCGUACUGUACAGCUUCUGUGCCUCAUUUGAGAAACAUAGAGAAUAACGUGAACAAAUUCAUUGCUGUACCCGACAAUAUUUUGGCGAACGAGGAUAAGCUUCAAGAAACGCAAUACACGGAAGCGGAAUUUCAGAAUAUGCGCGGGAAACUGGAGGAAGUCCAGCAGAGAGCAAAACGCGCGGCUGUGUUGAACGCGGCAUUGAAGGAGGAAUUACAGCUUAUAGAACAGUUUUCGAUCUGUGCGGACAAUACCGAUAGACUGAGUGGCAUAAUUGAAAGCGGCGUUGCGUGCCCGGAUAUCAGUAACAAAAUUCAUCAAUUGGUCGAAGAUUAUAAACAGUUCAGUGCGUUCCUCGACGACGGAGCACCCGUGUCGCAAAAGUCGCUCUACAAUCCGACUGAUCUCAAAUGUAUAGACUACGAUAUGGAUGCUUUAUAAUUGUAUAGAAAAGAGGGAGAGAUUAUUUUCACUCAUCUCUCAGCAUUGCUGAUACCACUGCCUUUUUUUAGAUUAUCAAUAUGUAAUUAUAUAAAUUCAUGCAUUCUGUGAAUAU